AUGUCAUCAGAUCGAGCACAGUCCGCCUCAUCUCCGACCAAGGUGUGUGUGGGAAACAUUGAGCAGCACCGACACCAUCAAGAUUAUGACGAUGACGACGAUAGUGCUAACUGCAGAAGUAGAGGGUUCCUGCACUCUGCGUUCGGAAGCAGUAAUAAGAAAUCGACCACAGUUGCGGCAACUCAAUCUGGAGUUGUUCAGGGUGGAUCGACCCGACCCACUUGCGCUUAUUGCAGUAAGCGGCCUAUCUGCCUGUUCAGGGGUGGGGAGAUGUGGAAUCAGUUCGAACUGGAUCGUGAAUCGUUAUAUCUUGAUCUUCUCUUGCCAGUUGCAACAACGAAAAUGAAGGACAAACAGGAGAUGGAGGAGGGGAAAAGCAAAGAUAAAUGCAAGCGGAAAGAGAAAGAAAUAGUCAUGAAUAAAGGGAAAGUCAAAGGGAAAGAGGAGGUCGAAGAGAUCCCAAACGAAGAGGAUAACAACAGGGGCAAAGAAAAGGUUACAGAGAUGUCGCAAGGUGAUGCCAAUGAGAAAAGCAAUUUGAAAUCCAAGGAGGAAGAACAGAGCUCCUUCGACGGCAACAAUGCGGAUGACUUCUCUGAUGAUAAUGAUGAUGAUUGA